AAGACUCGAUCUCAUGUAAGCAUGAUUAACUUUUGCUACUUGAAAAAAAAAUAAAAAUAAAAAAAUCUUAAUGUAUCACCGCCGUUGUCUAAUGUGUGUACUUGCUUCCUACUGCUAGUCGCACAAACAAGGAUUGGAACGCCAUGUCUUGCGGCACAUCUUCCUGCCAAUCAGGAGGCUGCGAUAAAUACGACGUACAACCAUGCUCUCCUACCAAACCGUCAUCCACCGUUAACUCCCGCCGCCGUCAACUCCCCCAAAACCCUAACAUCUGCGUCAAGUGCAAGGUUAACGAUGCCAUUGCUGGCGGUUCUGGAGGAGGUGAAGAUGGCCGUUUUUGCACUGAUUGCUUCCGUGGUUCUCUUUUCGGAAAGUUUAGGUUUGCCGUUACUUCUAAUGGCAUGAUUUCUCCUACUGAUAAAGUUCUUGUUGCUUUUUCUGCUGGCGCUUGUUCUCGGGUGGCUUUGCAAUUCGUUCAUGAGAUGCAAGAUAAAGCUCAGAAGAACUUUGACGCAAGCAGGGAUAAAUCUCUAUCAGUGUUUAGUGUCGGAGUUGUCUUUGUCAAUGAAACUUCUGCUCUCGGUGUUUCUACUGUUGAAGCUGAUGAAGUAAUUGAACAUGUCAAGGCUGUUGUCAAUGAACUUGCUAAACCAGAAAAGUUACUACACAUCGUUCCUCUGGAAAGCAUCUAUGAGUUGAAUCCAGAUGAUGAUAGAGAGAGGCUGAGAAGGAUGUUGGAUGCUGUUGGUGACAGUACUGGUAAAGAAGAUGUAGUCACACAUCUUCGUAUGCUAUGUUUGCAGAAGGUUGCUGUGGAAAAUGGGUACACCAAAUUGGUACUUGGAACAUGCACAUCGACUAUUGCUCGUCAUGUGCUUUCAGCAACUGUUAAGGGUAAGGGCUACUCAUUACCAGCAGAUAUACAGUAUGUUGAUGCAAGAUGGCAAGUACCGGUGCUGCUUCCACUUCGUGACUGUCUUUCUCAAGAGCUCAGCACACUUUGUCAACUUGAUGGGUUGAAGAUUAUAACAAUGGCUAAUGGUACUCAUACUGGGAUUAAUGCAUUGGUCUCAUCUUUUGUUUCCCUUCUGCAGGAUGAAAAUCCUUCUCGUGAAUGCACCAUUGUGAGGACUGCUGGAAAGCUUACGCCAUUUAGUUUUAAUAGGCUACCCGAUAUCGAUGACCCUAAGGAACUUCUAGCAUUCCAAAGGCGUCAAAAGAAAUUCAACAUCAAGUCAGACGAGUCAACUCCUCCAGAGUCAUUCUGUUCUCUCUGCAAUAGCCCACUUCAUGAUUUGGACUCAAGUUUUGGCAGUUUUGCGAUUGAACACCUGAGUACUGAAUCCUUUGGAACCACCUGCUGCUCAAGCUGUCGAUUUCAAAUAUUGUCCGAUAAUCAAUUGUCUAUGGACCAGUUCUACUCACUCUUACCCCAGUCAAUAACAUCUCGUGCAGCAGUCAGUAACAGCUCUGAUAACCAUAUAAUGCUAAGAGAGAAAAUCCAGGAUUUCCUUCUUUCAGACAGCGAGGAUGGAAAUUGAACUCAAGAAACCACGAGGAUGGCCAGCUUUUACACUAGUAAUAGAAUCGAAUUUAUAGUGCAAUUAGAUUCAAGAGCGAUUCUUGAGUCCUACUGCUCAACAGAAUGGAGUUCCCGCCUAUGCUAACUUACAUAUGAGAAGCUCUUCACUUUUACUCGUCUUUGCUUAUACUUCCAACAUCAGGGUGUUAUAGUGUCAGCUCUAUCUGCAGCAUGUACGUGAGGGAAGGAUUAUCAUUCAAGGUGAGAAAUGUCAAUUUUGUAAUGAGUAGCAUAGCCUAUAUCGCGAUCAUUACGGACUUAUGGUGCAUUUUUGCGCUCUAGAUUAUUGUUGUAUGAGCAAAGUAUUAGCAAAAGAAACCCUUAAUCUGUGUUAUUUUAAUAGCUACCCUUCUCUUUAUUAUGUGGGAGCUUUUUAGGGGAAGUGUAGCUAUUAAAAAACCAGAGGACAUAGAUGUUCGGUUUGAGGGAAACCAUUUCUUUGUAGUUCUUCCUAAAGGUUCAUUCUAUGAUUUCGAUUUGAUGAAAAAUUAUAGACAAGAAAUAAUUUUACACCAUUUUGUGUAUAUUUAACUACGAAUUUGGAAUGCAAUCAAAUCUCCAUUUCCUGUUUCACAUCUGUAUUUUUCUUUUAUGAUUCAUGAUAUCAAAAUUAAAGACUAAUUUUUUAUUAGUAGCAUUUUUUGGUGAAAAAUAUUUUCAUGGAAAAUUUUGUUUCUAUGAGACUAAUUCAAAAUUCCUUAAUCAAUGAAUUUUGAUGAUCGUCUUUUCUUUUGAAUUCCUUGGACAAAAAUAUUAUAGAUAUCUAAACACAAUAAUUAAAUACCAAAACCGUGAACAACAUUUCAAGUCAUAAUUAAUUAAUUAAAUACAAAAGAGGUUUAAACAUUGUAUAUUAAAGGCAAUAACACAAUUUGAUUAGCAUCCAAAAUCCUUAAACAAAAAGA